AUGUCCUCCAGAAAGAGCGUGGCAAAGAAAGGGGAACCUGUGAAGCACAUCUUCAAGCAAGAUGGUCCCGACUUCAAGUUUCUGCUUCGACUGUUCCACAAUGGAACAAUCACUGAUGAACAACCCGCCGCUGUGAGAGCUAUGCACGACCGUUUUCUGAAGUACUCCACAAACCAGUUUCGCUCUCAGUUCAACAAAGCCAGAGGAAUGGCUGCUGGUGUUGCUCUCAGGGGACCACAACCACCACAGGAUGAUGAUGGACCACUACCCAUUCUUCCCAGCUUUGUUCCUCACAACCAAGUUCCUGCUGUGGCAGCCAGACCUUCUGCAGUUGCACAGGUUCCUACCAUUGCUGACAAUGAUGAUGAUGUUGAAGCUGGUGCUGAAGAGGAUGGCCCCACUACUGCCUUGGAAGCCAAAGAGGAUGGUGAAGGAGUGGGAGAAUGA